ACAUAGAUACACAGCCGAUUACAUCUUUUAGUUCUUUUAACGAAGAAUUUGUGCAAUCGCGCAGAUCAUAAAUGUGUACAACCAAGAAUAUGAAAGUGCUGCAGCAUUUUGGCCAGAUGUACAUGGACGUAUAAUAUCUGCCAUGGUCUUCUCGCAGUUAAUUCUAAUGGGGUUAAUGAGUACAAAGGGGGCUGCUAACACAACACCAUUCCUUAUUGCACUUCCAAUAUUGACCAUCUAUUUCCAUAAAUUCUGCAAAGGUCGUUAUGAACCCGCUUUCAUCAGAUACCCUUUACAGGAAGCAAUGAUGAAAGAUACUUUAGAGCGUGCAAGAGAACCAAACCUCAAUCUGAAAGGCUAUCUCCAUAACGCUUAUAUCCAUCCAGUUUUCAAGAAUGAAGAGGAUGAUGAGGAUGACAUAAGUCCUGAAAAGUUUGAGCAGGAGAGCGUGCUUGUACCUACCAAGCGCCAGUCUCGAAGAAAUACACCUGUGCCCAGCAAAAUUAGUGGUGGUUCUUCACCUUCACUACCGGACGUUGUUGAAGAGAGUUUGCUGCCUUGAACUCGAUCUUUGUUCAUACAUUGUUAUACUUUUGCACUUUCGCUGUUAAAUGAAUUGAAAUAGGUGUAAAUUAGGUGUGGAGAAUAGGAGGGACAGAGAAAAAGAUGUUCCCAAAGUAUAAAUGACCUAAAGUAUUUAUAUUUAGGGAAUGUUCCAUGGUCCUUGCGUUAUUACUUGUUUUUGAAUCCAUUUCUACCUGCCUAUAUUUUUGCAGGAUAUUUGAUGAAAGGCAAGUACUUGUAACAAUUUUAGUAAGUUGAUACAAGUUAGAUAAAGAGUUGGUACAAGUGGUCGAUUUUAAAUU